AUGCUGCUCCUUCUCAGCCUUGCAUUUGUAGUCUUUGUCUUGGGUUCCUACACUAUCAACAAAGAGAGCAAUAGUCCAAACAUUCAUCAGAGUAUUGAGACGAUGGAGUUUGGAAGCAACGAAACACCCAUAAGUAGAGAAUUGACUUCUUUCUACACUGGAACCUCUAAUAACGAUCAUAUCGGAGAUUCUUUUCUGUGGAAUGGCGUUAGAGAAAGUGAUGUAGAUCCUCCUCCAUCCCUCACUUCUCACCAUCCAUGCGAUAGUUUUUCGUUUCGUCCUCCUCCUCCACCUGGACUCAGAAGACCUGGACCAAGACAAAGAGAAGCAAGACGAAAGCUUCUUGGUAUCGCUGGGGAAUCUUGCUUUCAAUGCUUGGGUCUUUGUUAUGGAGAUGGUCCGGCAAAGGCAGUCAAACACCAGCUAUCAGAAGUACAAUGGAGCAACAAAGCAGUCUGCUGCUCGUUUAGAGAUGAAGAUGAAGGGGUUGAUGAAGGGGCAUAUGAUGGAAAACACGUUGAAGAGUAUUUAUAA